UCGUCUCUCCCCACCAUCUCCCGCUCCCGCGCGCACCACGCCACGCCACCGAUGGCGCCGCGCUGCAGCAACGCCGUCUUCGCGGCCUUCAACGUCGUCACGCUCCUCCUGGGCGCCGCCGUCCUCGCCGCGGGCAUCUACUACGGCGCCCCGCACCACCGCGGCGGCGUCACCGAGUGCGAGCGGUUCCUCCGCGCCCCGGCGCUCGUCCUCGGCGGCGCCAUCAUCGCCGUCUCCCUGGCCGGGCUCGCCGGCGCGUGCUUCCGCGCGUCGGCGCUUCUGUGGGCGUACCUGCUGCUCACCGGCCUGCUCAUCCUCGCCGCCGUCUGCUUCGGCGUGUUCGCGCUCGUCGUCACCAACGCCGGCGCCGGGAGGGCCGUGUCCGGGACAGGGUUCAAGGAGUACCGCCUCGGCGACUAUUCGACGUGGCUCCGGCGGAGGGUGGAGGACGGCGGCAACUGGGCCAGGAUCAGGAGCUGCCUCGUCGACGCCAAAGUGUGCCGGAGCUUGAAGAGCAACCAGACGCUUGACGAGUUCGUCAACUCUAACCUCUCGCCGCUGCAGUCUGGGUGCUGCAAGCCACCGACUGAAUGCAAGUUCACAUACCAGAACGAGACGUACUGGGUGAAGCCUCCUGCUGCAGGAUCCAGCAACUACUCGGACCCAGACUGCAACGCAUGGUCGAACGACCAGUCCGAGCUCUGCUACGGCUGCCAGUCCUGCAAGGCCGGCGUGCUGGGCAACCUCAGGAGCAGCUGGAAGAAGAUCGCCUUCGUCAACGCCGCCUUCGUCGCGCUGCUGCUCGUCGUCUACUCGCUCGGCUGCUGCGCGCUUCGCAACAACCGGCGCCACAAGUACUCGCUGGUCGGGAAAUGAUGAGCGAGCGA